AUGGCUGACAAUAGUAUAUUAGUAUCUGCUGCUGGGAAGAGUCUCUUGGCAGAUACUUCUAUUUUUGAUUCUAAAGUUCCUGAAAUUUCUAAAGAAAAUGAACUUACUGGAUCCACUUCAGAUGCUGAUGAAGAAAUGCCUCAGAUUGAAACUCGAGUAAUACUGGUUCAAGAAGCUGGAAGACAAGAAGAACUUAUAAGGGCCUUAAAGGAAAUAAAAAUGCCCUACCUAAAGAUGGAAUCAGUGGAGGAAUUUGAAGAUUCAGAUUCUCCAGAAUUUGAAAAUAUAUUUGUGGUCAUGGACUUUCAGGAUGCUAUCUUCAAUGACUUAUAUAAGGCUGAUUAUAGAAUUCUUGGACCCCCAGUUGUGUUUCAUUGUGCAAAAAAAGAGGAGCCGUUGCCGUAUUCCUGCCGCCCUCUAUACUGUGCAAGCAUGUUGAAUCUGGUGCUGUGCUUUACAGGAUUUAGGAAGAAAGAAGAACUUGUCAAAUUGGUGACUUUGGCCCAUUACAUGGGUGGGACUAUUCGAAAGGACUUUAAUUCUAAAGUUACACAUUUGGUGGCAAAUUGUACACAAGGAGAAAAAUUCAGGGCUGCUGUUAGUCUAGGCACUCCUAUUAUGAAACCAGAAUGGAUUUUUAAGGCCUGGGAAAGGAGAAAUGAACGGGAUUUCUAUGCAGCAGCUGAUGAAUUUAGAAAUGAAUUUAAAGUCCCUCCAUUUCAAGAUUGCAUGCUAAGUUUUCUGGGAUUCUCGGAUGAGGAGAAGACUAAUAUGGAAGAAAUGACUGAAAUGCAAGGAGGUCGCUAUUUGCCAGUUGGAGAUGAACGGUGCACUCACCUUAUAGUUGAAGAAAAUGCAAUAAAAGAGCUUCCAUUUGAACCUUCAAAGAAACUUUAUGUUGUAAAACAAGAGUGGUUCUGGGGCAGUAUUCAGAUGGAUGCCAGAGCUGGAGAAUCUAUGUAUUUAUAUGAAAAGGCUGAUACUCCUGAACUCAAGAAAUCAGUGUCACUCCUUUCUUUGAGUACCCCCAAUAGCAAUCGUAAGAGACGACGUUUAAAAGAGACGCUUGCUCAGCUGGCAAGAGAAACUGAUAUAUCACCAUUCCCCCCUCGUAAACGCCCAUCAGCUGAACAUUCCCUUUCUAUAGGGUCACUAUUGGAUAUCUCCAACACACCAGAGUCCAGUAAUAACUAUGGAGAUACACCAAAAUCUUGUUCCAAGCCUUCCAAAAAUUCCACUCCUGUUCCUCCAAAGCAGUCAGCAAGGUGGCAGGUGGCAAAAGAACUUUAUCAGACUGAAAGCAAUUAUGUAAAUAUUUUGGCAACAAUUAUUCAAUUAUUUCAAGUUCCAUUAGAAGAGGAAGGACAGCGUGGAGGACCCAUCCUUGCACCGGAAGAGAUAAAGGCCAUCUUUGGUAGCAUUCCUGAUAUCUUUGAUGUACACACUAAAAUAAAGGAGGAUCUUGAAGACCUCAUUAUCAAUUGGGAUGAAAGCAAAAGUAUCGGUGACAUCUUUCUGAAAUACUCAAAAGACUUGGUGAAAAUUUACCCUCCUUUUGUAAACUUCUUUGAAAUGAGUAAAGAAACAAUUGUUAAGUGUGAAAAACAGAAGCCGAGAUUUCAUGCUUUCCUAAAGAUAAACCAAGCUAAACCGGAAUGUGGGCGUCAGAGCCUUGCUGAACUUCUCAUUCGACCUGUACAGCGGUUACCUAGUGUUGCAUUACUUCUAAAUGAUCUUAAGAAACAUACGGCAGAUGAUAAUCCUGACAAGAAUACACUAGAGAGAGCUAUUGGAUCAUUAAAGGAAGUAAUGACACAUAUUAAUGAGGAUAAGAGGAAAACAGAAGCCCAAAAGCAAAUUUUUGAUGUCGUCUAUGAAGUAGAUGGAUGCCCAGCUAACCUUUUGUCCUCUCACCGAAGUUUGGUGCAGAGAGUUGAAACCAUAUCUUUGGGUGAACAUCCCUGUGACCGAGGAGAACAAGUAACUCUCUUUCUCUUCAAUGACUGCCUGGAGAUAGCAAGGAAACGGCACAAGGUUAUUGGCACAUUCAAGAGUCCUCAUGGCCAUACCAGACCCCCAGCAGCCCUUAAACACAUUCAUCUAAUGCCUCUUUCUCAGAUUAAGAAGGUGCUAGAUAUAAAAGAGACUGAAGAUUGCCAUAAUGCUUUUGCCCUGCUCGUGAGGCCACCAACAGAACAGACAAAUGUAUUGCUCAGUUUCCAGAUGACAUCAGAGGAUCUUCCCAAAGACACCUGGCUGAAGAUGCUGUGCCGACACGUGGCCAACACCAUUUGUAAAGCAGAUGCUGAAAACCUUAUUUAUGCUGCAGAUCCAGAAUCUUUUGAAGUAAAUACAAAAGAUAUGGAUAGUACAUUGAGUAGGGCAUCCAGAGCAAUUAAAAAGACUUCUAAAAGGGUCACCAGGGCAUUCUCCUUCACCAAGACUCCAAAGAGAGCUUUUCGAAGGACUUUGAUAAGCACGCAGAGCAGCGUGGAGGGGAGGAGCCCUUGCUCCAGCGGUGACACUUAUGUAGGCAGCCGCCUGACCAGCACAUCCUCGUUAGCAGGCAUUCCAUCUCCUUCCCUUGUUAGCCUUCCAGCCUUCUUUGAAAAGAGGAGUCACACUUUAAGCCGAUCUACAACACAUUUGAUAUGAAGUUAUUCCUCUUACAUGAUGUUUUAAUCCAGUGACUGACAAGCAGCUUAUUCUUGAGACAAGAAACUGACUUAAAUAGUACUGUCAUUAGCACUUGAAAACCAGGAGGAAGUUAGGUAACACUAAA